AACCUCCGCAGCUGCGCCGUCGGGGUCAGCUGACGAUGAUAGCGGCUCCGGAUCUCCGUUCCUUACAAGCAGACGAACAGAAAAUCUUUUCGCCUGUAGGUGCAGACGCCAGUAGCAGCCGUACACUGGACAACCGUUAGCCUCGACUUCCAGGCGAGCCCCGCGCCUGCCGCACGAUGAGCGACGGCGCCCAGCGAGGCCUGGCCAGCUCGGGACAGAAGCACAUCGCGGACAUUCUCCAUCCGCUGUCCGCCGCCGUCGAGCCCCUGUCCCCCGGGCAAGAUGUCAGCGUCACCGCUGGGGGCGACAAGGAGGCAGGGCUGUCCAAUGGCACGCCAGUGGACACGCCAAGUCCCGCCUCGGCAUCGUCGCUGUUCAACAGGCUGCAGCUGGACGACAUCGAGUCAGACCCCCAGGACCGCUAUGGCUCCACCGAAACGCGUGACCUGUUUGUAACGGUGGAUGACCCAAAGAAGCACGUCUCAACCAUGGAGACCUACAUCACCUACAGAGUGUCCACCAAGACAACGCGGAUCGAGUUCGACCUGCCGGAAUACUGCGUGCGACGACGCUACCAAGACUUCGAUUGGCUGAGGAUCAAACUGGAGGACAGCCAGCCCACCCAUCUCAUCCCGCCCCUGCCAGAGAAGUUCGUGAUGAAGGGCGUAGUGGAUCGUUUUUCGGAAGAGUUUGUCGAAACGCGCAUGAAGGCGCUGGACAAGUUCUUGAAGCGAGUUGCGGACCACCCAGUCCUCUCUUUCAACACACAUCUCAACGCUUUUCUGUCAGCUAAGGACCUGAACAAGCGUCAGGGUCUGGCACUGCUCACCAAGGUGGGCGAGUCGGUGAAGCAUGUGGCCGGAGGCUACAAGCUGAGGGGGCGGCCGCCCGAGUUCUGCGCCAUGGGAGAGUACCUGGACACUUUCAGCCAGAAACUGGGCACCAUCGACCGCAUCGCUCAGAGGAUCCUCAAAGAGCAGUCAGAGUACUUAGCUGAGCUGCGGGAGUACGGCACUGUGUACUCCAGUUGGACGGGCUCGGAAGAGGAGCUGCAGCGCCCCCUGGAGGGGUUGGCGAGCUCCAUUUCGACGUGUUGCGGGGCGAUGGACGACCAGUGUGAGAACAUGGGCCAGGACUUCCUGCCUGUUCUUAGAGAGUAUAUGCUCUACAUCGAGUCCAUGAAGAAUGUUUUGAAGAAGCGUGACCAGAGUCAGGCGGAGUACGAGGGACGCCUGGAAGCCGCCGUGCUACGCAAACAGGAGGACAGAACGCCUAUGCCACCCGAGGUGGAGCGGUGCCAGGACAAGGUGGAAUGUUUCAACGCCGACUUAAAGGCCGACUGGGAGCGCUGGCAGAGCAACAAGCGACACGACUUCAAGCAGCUUCUCAGCGGCAUGGCCGACAAAAACAUCAAUUACUAUGAGAAGUGCCAAGCAGCGUGGGAGUCACUCCUAAGUGUCCUGCAGGACAAACAGACUGAGGAUCAAACGAGCGAGACGGACUGAAGCGUCUGGUCACGCUGGCCUGUUGGCUCUCGUCCAUCACACACAUUUUCACGCCAAGAACCAAGCGGGCCUUUGGCCCCCAACUGUAGGACCGUGUCCCCGUUCUCCCGAGUCGACUGUCAUUAUCGGACCUUUCCAGGAGACAGUGAAUGCAGCGUACAGUACGUGUAUGUGACCAGCAGUGACCUAUCUUUUUGUCACCGCUCUUUUUCUACUUCAUAUCACCCGUUAACAGUUGCCAAUGCUGCUUAUUUAACCACGUGCUAAAGGAACGUGUUUCAUUUUUUCCUCAUCCUAUUUACAGUUUGAGACAAGGGUACUUUUUUUUUUUUUUUUUUUUUAAUUUUUUAUUUUUUAUUUUUUUUCCCCCCCCUUGGUCAGAUAUUGUCAGUCGGAUUCCAGUCAGCAACCUGUAGAUAGAGCCACAAACUAAUUCCCCCUCAAUUACCUGUUAAAGAUUGUUUUCCAAAGGUUCUCAAAUUUUUUUGUCCUUCCACUUAUGUCGGAUCACUUUAAAAAUCCAUUUGCAGAAAGCUGAAACUUGCCGCGGUGUCUUCGUUUCACAACACGGCCCUGGAAAUGCUGCGGCAGCUUUGCAUUACGGCCUCAGACGAGCGCAUUAGCUGUUCUGAUUCCUAUUUGAUUCACGUCCUUCAGCCAGACAGACAGUGAGCAGCUAAGGUGUCCCAUUUGAAGGCUGAGCUCCAUUGGAUCGAUCUCUCUUUCGAUUAGUUUGCCACGAAAUCACUCUCACUAAUUAGAACAUGUUUUCUAGCUCGUCACCUCCGCUGUGGCUCAAGGGAAAUAUUUUGAAAAGAGAAACGGUACUGCAACUUUAGCUGGUGGCAUCUUCUUCUUAUCUUUAAAUGUUUCUUAAAUGAUCUUGCUUUAAGGAAAAUGUCCACCUAUCUAAUGUUGGAGACCUCACACUUGAUAGAUGGCUUGGAGCAGUAUGAAUAAAAAAAAAAACUCUAUUGGAUCAAAAUAAGGAUUAUAACAGCGUAUUGGAUGACAUCUAGUGGUAAACAAGGGUUUAUCCAUUUUAUCUUGCAAAUCUCUGCUGCCUCUUUCCAGUCAUUUGCUUUUAUUUUGUAGUUAUUAUUACCUUGUUUACAGUGCAAAUGACCUCUCAGUUCAGUUCUAAAUAAUUUGACAGUGUCAUUCAAAAAUGAGUAUUAUGUUUGUAAGUCCAGAUUGUUUUGAUACAGCGAUCGUUAGUUACACAAAGUGAUUCAACCACUAUUGUAAAUUACAUUUAUUUGCUUUCAAUAGAAGGGCACUUUCAAAUAAACAAUUGCCGCUAGUAAUUUUAGCUGUCUUGAGCUAUUUAAAUUAUUCUUGUUUUGUUGAAGUCUGCUACCGUUGCAAAUAAAUAUGAUUUCAAUGGGGAUAUUAAUGUAUGACUAAUUUUGAGUGCAUCUGCAUAGUCCUGAUAGUAAAAGACAAUGCCUGGUCUCUUACAUAUGAACUUAAAAAGCACAAGAAGUAUGAGGGAAUUGUAAUUUCAGUACUGUUGUAAUCGGAUUUCAAGAUGGCUACAGCUUGGGGAUGUGCCUGGUCGCCAGUUGGCUUGCCUUCUAAGCAAAUGUUCUGCUGUAUUUUGGUUGAAAUCUAAUUAAGAGCAUACAUUUGCUGAAGAAGCACCACAAGGCCUCCUGAAAUCGAACUGUUUCAGCAGAGGCGCAGACUAAAAUGAGCUCUCGAUCUGUUGAUACUUUUGACUGAAUGUAGCAGUUGCUAAUAUUUAAAAAGAAAUGAUUAAAAACUGUUUCAUUUAAGUAGAGUAUUUUUGUUUUGUGUAAUGUAUCCCAAAUGUACAGCCGAGAAGUUGUCGGUUGAUCCAUUUAAUGUGAAAAUGUAACCAUUAUAGAAGGGAUGAAACAUUCUCAACAAUAAUAUUAAGCUAAUGUACUGAAAGAAUUGACUUUGUUGUUGUUUGAAUCAGAGAUGCUAAUUUGAACCUCAACAGCAUCUCUUCUAUUUUUGUCGUAGCUUAAUGUUAGUUUGCCUGCUGAUUUAUUGCUGCACGAUACACUAUUCCUCCUACUUGCUUCUUUUCUUUUCUAAAAAAUGUCUUUGAGUUGCCAAAAGUUAAAAUCCUGGUGGCAAUUUUCCUUUGUAUUUUGAUAAUGCAGAAUGUUGAAACCCUAAAUGAAGACAAGAUGACUGCCAACACCUAUUCUGUACGAAGAGAUGUUUGUUUGAAUCUACAAAUCUUUAGAAAAAUGACCAAGUCCUAAUGUCCUCAUAAUUUCCUUCAUUACAUCACAGGAAUAAUAUGAUCACAUUAAUUGAAGACUCUAAAUUGCCCGUAGGUGUGACUGUGCGUGCGAAUGGUUGUUUGUUUGUAUGUUCCCUGCGAUUGGCUGGCGACCGGUUCAGGGUGUACCCCGCCUCCUGCCCGAUGAUAGCUGGGAUAGGCUCCAGCACGCCCGCGACCCUAGUGAGGAGAAGCGGCUCAGAAAAUGGAUGGAUGUUAAUGUUUAUUUUUCAAAAAGCUAAGUGCUUAUGACUUCAGUUAUUUUCUGCCUUUUGCUCCCUGAUGUUUACAUUUUACUUUCGGUCCAUUUUGUACACUUGAACAUCUUGUAAUUACAUAUAAAUAUAAAGCCUGUAUAUUGAUGUUGUUUUGAUGCAAUUAUCUUUACCUCAAAUUAUUUUGGAAUAUAUUGGACCAAUAUUAAAAUAAAUUGAUUUGAUAUUUAUCUGCGCAGAUUUUUUUUUUUUUUAAUUGUAGUUGAAAUGUAAUUUUUUUAAAAACAGCUUUUCAUUCAUUGAAAUUUAAAUAAAAAUACUAAUGGUCAUGUAAAGAUAAUGUAUAAAUUAUAAGUAAUGCCAGUUUGGCCACAGCUUUAGAGUUAUUAAACGUCUCCAAUCUG